AUGGCUACCCGCGUUGAUAAUAACGAUGUGGUGAGGUUGUUUCUUCAAUUUUGCAAAGAGAAUUCUUUGCAUGAAACUUUCCAGACGCUACAAAGAGAGUGUCAGGUUUCUCUUAAUGCCGUAGACAACCUCGAAAACUUUAUUGCUGAUAUUAAAAGUGGAAGGUGGGAUGCUGUGUUACACCAACUCUCGCAACUUGAGCAACCAACAAAUUUGCUGCAAGAUUUGUAUGAACAGAUUGUUCUGGAGAUGGUUCAACUUGAGGAGAGGGACACUGCACGCGAUCUAUUAUGCCAAACCCAAGUCCUGAGGGCCAUGAAAACGGCGCAACCGAACGAUUCUCGAGACUUGAACGAACAUUCCAGUAAUGAGAAAAGGCGUGCUGAAAUUGCUCGAGCUCUUUCCUACCAUGUCUCUUCGUUUCCACCUUCACGACUGAAGUGCCUUAUUGGUGAGGCUUUGCUUUGGUAUAGUCAACAUCAUUUACUUUUGUUCGAAACAAAGUUUGAUUUCUUGAGAGGAAGACCUGCUAUCAUUCAAGAUUCUGAAGAUACGUGUCCUACUAGGCUUGUACAUAGCAUAGAUUUUGCCAAGUAUUGUCAUCCGCUGUGUUGUCGGUUCUCACCGGAUGGACAAUUUCUUGUUUCCGGCUCAGCCGAUGGAUAUAUUUACGUUUGGAACCCCACAAAGGGGGAACUAGUCCAAUUUGAAUAUCUCCAAGCUGAUAUAGAAUUUAUGACGCAUGACGGUGUCCAGUGUCUCGAUUUCAGUAAAAACUCUCAGAUGCUUGCAACUGGUUCAAAAGAUGGUUCAGUUAAGGCUUGGUCGAUGUACACUGGUCAUUGCUUCUGGAUCAUUCCGCGCGCACACUCUCAGGGUGUAAAAAGCGUUUCAUUCUCCCGCACUGGCGCAUACGUACUGACUGCAUCCCUCGACGGCACUGCGAGAAUCCAUGAUUUUUUGACAGUAAAACUGCUCAAGGAAUUCCGCGGUCAUACUUCUUUCGUGAACGACGCAAGAUUUUCAAAGGACGACUCUCUGGUUAUAACCGCAUCCAGUGAUUCCACAGUCAAGGUAUGGGAUGCUUGUAGUACUAAGUGUCUGCGGACUUUCAAGUGGGAUGGUGCAACCGUGAAUUCAAUCCAUCUUUUCCCGUCAACUCUCGAUGACCACAUCUUGGUCUGUAACAAAACUUCGUCGGUAUAUAUCAUGACGCUUCAAGGGCAGGUUGUGAAAAGCUUCUCAUCUGAUAAAAGAGAAGGUGGUGAUUUUGUGGCUGCUUGUGUAUCGUGUAAAGGAGAUUACAUUUACUGUCUUGGUGAAGACAGGAAGUUGUACUGCUUUAGCUAUCAAUCCGGGGAAUUAGAGCAUUUGUUACCAGUUCAGGAGGUGGAGGAUGUGAUCGGGAUUGCACACCAUCCCCAUAGGAAUCUUGUAGCCACUUUUGGUCAAGAUUGCUUUAUCAAACUAUGGAAACCUUGA